UCAAUGGGAUUGGCUGACGCAUGCAAGCGACUUCCUGGAGCGCAUCAAGUGCUGUGAUUUCUUCCGGGUUUGACAUUUGUUUGGUUUGAUUUAGUGUACAGGUAUUGGCCAGCAUGACAGAAAGUGUGCCGUUGUGACUGGGAUCGUUCUCUGCAGGCGGCAGCGGGCUGUCAGGACGAUGUUUCGCCUGGAUUUCCUCACCUGUGUGGCCCGGUAAAAGCAGAGGCUUCUGUCAUCAGACACCUGUUGCCUCGCGUAGGACGCGGGAGGAACACGGGUGGUCACACUGCGGAUUUUCCCACCUCCCUUUAUCUGAUACUUCGAAGAGGACACUUGUUUAGCAGUUAUGAAGGUCACGGUGACUUUUGGAAACACAGCGGUGGUGGUUCCGUGUAAACCCGAAUGGACCGUCCGGGAUUUAAUCGAUCAAUCUACGCGGAGAUACCGCAGGAUUUUGGAUCAGCAUGGGAGCAAUGCAGUGAAAACCCAUCACCUGGAGUACUCUGAUGGAAGCAUCCUGGACAAGGAUGAUCUGUUGACAGACCUCGUGGAAGAUAAAGAUAAGCUGGUGGCAAUGUUCGAAGUGCAGCAUGGGAUGACAGACAGUCCCAGGGAGAGCAUCUCUAAUGGUGAUUCCAGUGCAGCACCCAGUCCAGAGCCCCUGAGCUACUAUUCGCACAUGCACCUCCAGGAGCCAAUCAAAGGGGAAAUAGAAGUCAAUGAGGCCGUCCUCAAAGCAAACACACCCCUUUUGGUAAGGAGCAGCAGCGACCCCGUAUUGGCUCCUCCCAUUGAAAUCACCGUUGCAUCAACACACGACGACCAAACCACUGAAGCCUCCAAAAUGGAAAUCGACCAUGUGGUGAAGGGAGGUCCAAAAAAUCUCAAUAAGAUGAGCCAGAUUACAUUCAGCACGCUCACAAGAACAGUGAACUUGCUGGGGGACCGUGGGCCACUCGGUAUCCAAGUCAGUCCCUAUUGUUCUUCUCUCAGUGGACGGAUGUUGGGCCUCCACAUUAAAAACAUUGAAGACAACAGUCGCACCAAGAGAGAGAAUAUCUUUGAAGAGGACGAGUGUAUUGUCCAAAUUAAUGGGAUACAGCUCCAGGAUAAGACCUUUACAGAUUCACAGGAAGUAUUCCGCCAGGCUUUGUCCUCCCCUUCUAUGCACCUGGAAGUUGUUCCUGUUGCCAACAAACUACGCUACGAGAAGGGCCUGAUCGGUCAACUGUUCAGUGGAGAGGGCAAAGACAUUAAAGCAAAGAGUCCAAUGGUGACCCGUGCCAAAAUUGAUCUCCGACCUGUGGCCAAACAAAAUUCUGAACCCAAUGAUUACUUGAGGCGUCAAAAUACAGGAACCAAGACCCCAGAGCCGCCUUUGUCGAACCCAGAGGCAACCCCUGUGAAUCCACUGUCAGCAGAUUCUCAGCAUGUGAACUCCCAGUCGGGAAGGAUCUCCCCUGUAACACCAGUACGGACAGCUAGCUUUUCUCCCUCGAGGCCCCGACAGAGCCAUCUGGAGAAUAAGAACUCUGGAGUGCGUGGUGCGGCCAACCUGACAAACAAGAAAGGUGGCAAGAGGAUCAAAAUUGACCUAAAGAAAGGUGCAGAAGGUCUUGGUUUCACAGUGGUGACCCGGGACUCCUCUGCUAGUGGACCUGGACCAAUUAUGGUGAAGAAUAUAAUGCCACGGGGUUCAGCAAUAAAAGAUGGCCGCCUCCAGCCUGGUGACCGCAUCCUCGAGGUGAACGGGAUGGACAUGACAGGUCGGAGCCAAGAGGAACUUGUGGCCAUGCUGCGCAGUACCAAACAGGGAGAAAGUGUUUCUUUGAUAGUGGCCCGGCAGGAGGAUAUCUUCCUGCCACGGGAACUGAAAGGUGAAGAUGUCGGAAGUCUUGUGUUGGAGGACGGCAGGGAGCAGCUCAUGUACGAGGUCCCAUUGAACGAGACUGGUUCUGCCGGCCUAGGAGUCAGCUUGAAGGGCAACAAGUCGAGAGAGACUGGUGAGGACCUGGGAAUUUUCAUCAAGUCCAUCAUCCAUGGAGGGGCUGCAUACAAGGACGGCCGGAUGAGAGUAAAUGACCAGCUGAUUGCAGUCAAUGGCGAAGCGCUGCUUGGACGGUCCAACCACUCUGCCAUGGAGACACUAAGGCGCUCCAUGUCCUCGGAGGGCAACGCCAGGGGCACCAUACAGGUUGUGGUGCUACGAGCAUCCAAACUGGAGGGACAAUCCAAUGCUAUGAAUGCAGUUACCAAUCGAGUCACUCCUCAACAAUCUUCUGCUAAUCAGGAGCCUCUGCACUACCAGGCUUACCAGGGGGCUAGAUCUUCAGAACUCAAGAGCGCCAGUUUUUCUGACAAGUACUCGCACGACAACUUCGGCAAUACUCUGUUUCCUACUCCAACCACCAAUGGCAACCAUGAUCUCUACGGCAACAACCAGAAAGACUCCAAGAAAGGCUUCUCUCCUCCACCCUCCCUUGGAACAGUGGAGGAAAUGAGUAGAGACCCAACUCUCACUACCUCUAACUUCAGCAAGCGAAAUGCCAACCACAAGGACGACAUACUUCGAAAUAGAGCAUCCAAGACCAUGGACAUGGUGGCGGACGAGAGCAAUGUGAGAUCGCUGGCCGGACAUAGACAAGGGCCAAUCAAUGGUGGAAUGUUGGGUCCUACGCUGGGCCUCUGGAAGUCUAGUUCCCUCGAAAGUCUUCAGUCAGCCAUGUCAGAGGUCCAGCAGAAUGAUAUCAAGGCACAGGUUCCAUUUUACCACCCACGGCCACACAUGGUUCGAGGACGCAGAUGCAAUCAGAGUUUCCGCAUUGCCAUCGACAAGUCGUAUGAAGGGCCUUCUGAAGAUGAUGACGACCUGUCUGAGCUGAGCUCUGGUCAUGAAACACCAGCCAGCACCUCCUCACGUCAGGACAUUGAUGUUGAAAAUGUAAAGGAGCAGAAGAAAGUCAAUGGGAAGAAGCAGAGGAAAAAGAGCAAAGGAAUUAAGAGAAGUGAAGAUUCUGCAGAUGAUAUGGAGAAGACCAAAAAAAAAGCCUUCGCUCUUUUGAGGUUUGGUAGAAAGAGAGAUGACAAGAGCAAAAAUGCAGUGAAAGUAGCAAAAAACAAAUUGGAGGCCUGGAGUGAGGAGGAGGUUGACAGGUUUCCUGAACACAGAGACAGUUAUGAUCCACGAUAUGCGGAAAUUAAUUCUGGCCAGCUGUCCGUUGACCCACGCUUCAUCCCACAUGUGGAGGAUAACAACAACGACCCCAACUAUGCCCAGAUCAACAACUUCCUCCAACCAAACUCGCUGCAGCUGAUAGACCGCACCCCUUCCCCUGCAACUCCUGUGACCUUGGAGACCAAACAGUCUCAACCCACUGCCGAUGAGCUGGAGGGGCUUUAUGCCAAGGUCAACAAGUCCAGGAAACAACCUGCAGAAAGUGAUCAACGGUCCCAGGGGAUACAGCAGGAGUCCCCUCGGGCUCGAGCUGCUCCAGUCUAUGAGGCGCUGGACACAGCACGACGUAAAGUCCUGGAUAGCAACCCAAACAGGGUGACACCCAGAGGUGCUGAAUCCCGACCUUUGCACCUCUAUGGGGAAAUGGACCGGCCCCAUCCCACACACACUCGGAGGGACCCAUAUGAUUACCCGAUCCACUCCAGACCUGCACACAGAGAGCCCGUUCACAACCAAGACCACCACCGCCACAAAAGUCGGUCCAUCGCUCAAUCAGCGACCUCCAACCUCGCUCACUCAUCUCACGCUGGACAGCAGUACAGUGUGGCCACGGGUCAGGACGGACCUUCCUCGCCCAAUACUGGCCGCAAAGAGCGUCACUACUAUGAGUCUGUAGGAAGCAGGGGGGACAGCUACCAACAAGCUAGCCCAGGUCGUUACGGCAGCCCAGAGCGCUACAGCUACAGAGAUGAGAGACAACCUGAUCCAAAACAAAAGAACCCCAUGAUAGGAGCUGUUUAAAUCAAACUAUUUGCAAUGUGAAGCAUGUUUAUGUAUUUAAAAAUCUGGGGUAUUUAAAUGAAUUAUAAUGUCGAACAAACUUUGUGCUGCUUUUUUGCAUAGAAUCAUGAGUUAUUUUCUAACAAACUGGACUUCAGUGGGAAGGAUGUUUUUCGAGUACUCCUUUGACUCUCCGGAGUCAAAGGUUGUCAAAAAUCAUAAUCAAGGAAAAGGCACUUGUCUUUUGCAAGUAUAGUUUUGUUCAGACAUUUACAGCAGCAUUUACAUUUGCAAAUGAAAUGACUAACAGUAGUUGUAGGGUCGUAAUAGUUAAUGUAGUGUUUCUAAUAAAAUGUGAAAGGUUUGAUCAAGUGCAGACUACGGAUGACUUUAUAAACUGUGUAUCAGUUAAUUUAUCACCAUUUUUAUACCAACAUUUUCGAUUAAAUAAAUGUGAACAAUGAUUUUACUGUGAUUCAUUUAUUCACUCACAUGCAUAUUUCACAUAUGUCUAAUACAUCAUUCGUCAUCACUUUAAAAUCAUUCUAAUCUCCGAUAAAUGAACUCUGCGAGAUGACUGAUACGAGUAGCCAGUGUGCUGAUAAGGACCAAAUAAUCAUCAGCAAUUAGAUCUCCUCCAAGCUGAUGAUUAAGGCCCAAUUUGCUCUGCGAAAUAAUGAUGGCACUGAUUGGCAAAAUUAGUCCUGAAAGGGGCAUAAUUACUGUGGAGAGGGAGGGCUUUUUUUUAAUCAGUCCUUAAUUACCCUCAAAGCCAACAGAGGGCAUUCCGCUACCUUUUUAACCUGCAUCAGCAGCACAUAGACAAUCGAACAGUCUCCUUGUUCCAAUUUUUGAUCACAAAGCUAGCUCAGGUUUCUGUUGAAGAAUAAUUGCACUCUGACAUUUUGUAAACGAGGUAAAAUAGAGCACACAAAUCUUGCAAUUGUGAACUUAAUAAUGAGGGGGAAAAAACUGUGGGCGUAUUUGUUUGUUCAACCAUGUUGUGGCAAGCAUCAAUUUACAUAAUCAGCAGCAUGUGGAAAAUCUGUUAAUUUACAUGAAGUAACUCAAACUAGUACAUGAAGUUCAAAAUCUAUUAAAGUCGCUAGAAAGUCAAUAU